GUUUUGACAACAAAAAGUCUAUUUUUAUUUACAAGCAUACUAUCCAAUUUUAUAUAAAAUGACACACUCUUUUAUCACUUCCCAUUUUUCUUUCUAUCCUUUUGCCAAUGCAAACAACUUGGAUUCAAAUCUGUAUUUUACUAUGUCAUCUCACUUUUGCCUUAUCAGCCAAAGGACGUCAUAUACAAUAUUAUGAAUUCAACAUUACAUCUCAAUCCCUCAAUGCUGAUUGUUCCAACUAUACUGAAACUAGGACAUUACUAGUUAACAACAAGAUGCCUGGGCCUACUAUCACAGCAACGGUGGGACAACGCAUAAAGGUUUUAGUACGCAACAUGCUUCCACCUUCAACAAAAGCAGAUCCAAAAGUAAUUGAAUAUGGUGGUGGUAAUACUAAUCUUGUAACUAUUCAUUAUCAUGGUAUUCGACAAUAUGGUUCCAAUCAAGCUGAUGGUGUCCCCUUUCUCACUCAAGAUCCUAUUCCUCCUUGUGGUCAGUUUUUGCAUGAUUUUGUAUUGGAUUCAUCAGGUACUUAUUUUUAUCAUGCUCAUGUUGGUUUACAAGAAAGUUCUGUAUUCGGUGCUAUUGUUGUCUAUGAAUCUGAUGCAUCCAAUCCCUCUUAUCACUCAUCAUCUCGGUACAAUCAAUCAACAUCUUCUUCUUCUUCAUUGACAAUCAAAGGUAUCAACGGGUCACCCGAUCUCACUUAUCAUGAUGAUCGUGUCGUUGUCCUCAGUGAAUGGUUUCAUCAAGAUCGACAAGCCUUGGAAUCCUACCUUUUGGGUCCAAACUUUACUCUGAUACCUGAAGCAGAUAGUGUACUGGUGAAUGGACAGACCAUCAACAAUGAAAGAUCCAUCGUGUCAACAAAUACUUUUCCUUGCCGUGGUUAUUCUGUCAUCAAUGUGCAAAAAAACAAGACCUAUCGAUUUCGCGUGAUUGGGGCAUCUACUUUUCGUACCUUUGGUUUUGCAAUUGCAGAUCAUCGACUACAGAUCAUUGAAGCCGAUGGUGGUUUGAUUGAACCUUAUGAAACGGAUUAUUUGGAAGUCUCACCUGGUCAACGUUAUUCUGUACUUGUACAUAUGAAUCAACCCAUCAAGGAUUAUUCUAUUGGAACCAUUCGACUUUGGGCUGCUGAUGUGGAUCCGACUUCCAAUGGAUGGGCUAUUCUUCGUUAUAGUCAAAAUGAUGAUGAUGAUAUCAACAACAUGGCGGUAUCUUCUCUUCCUCCUGGCAAUCGUCCUCCUUUACCUACUGCAAAUGUUCCUCUUUGGCUUUGGCCCAAAUUGAAACCAUUGGGUGGACAGCCUGAUCCCAUUGCUCUGCUACCAAAACCAAAUCGAACAAUUUAUCUGAACACAACCAAUGGACCUCUAUCUACACUUCCUGGCUCUGAUCGCUUCUUUAUCAAUGAUGUCACUUUUAAAGAUCCAUCCAGCACGUUGUUAUCUCAAGUAUUACGAGGCAAUCGGACAGUAUCACCACUUUCAUUUCAAGAUCUUCAACAAGACGAUCGACGUGGCUAUGACCCUUAUCUUGGUACUUAUCCAUUGGCAUCUAUGGAAGUAGUGGACUUUGUUAUUCAAAAUACACACGUUUCUGGUGUUCCUUGUAGAUCUCAUCCUUGGCAUACUCAUGGUCACAGUCAUUGGUUGAUUGCUCAUGGUCCUGGUACGUAUGAUGAAGCUCUUCAUGGUUCCUUACGCAAUAUUCCUUUCCCUGUAUCUAAGGAUACUACAUUGGUUUACCCUGAUGAUAGUCCACUUGGUGAUCCUUUACCUGAUAAUCCCAUUUUAGGCUGUGGAUGGUCCAAGAUUCGAUUGAUAGCUGAUAAUCCUGGCAUUUGGGCGAUGCAUUGUCAUAAUACUCCACAUAUGUUUAUGGGCAUGAUGAUUGUCUUGGAAGAAAGUACAGAAUUGAUUCCAUCAUUUCUCCGUCAACAUUCAAAACUAUGAUUACUUCUUUGAGGAUUGGUAUCUCCUUCUCUCUUCAUUAGUUUAGUAAUCUUUGUAUAGUCUUUGUACCCUUUUUUUUUUCCCAAUAAAAAAAAUACUUUUUUUAGACUCU